GGAGUUUUUUAAAACUUUUUUUCCUUCUUCUUUUGUUAAUUUUUUUGUAUGGUCCUGAAUAUUUCGGUCAUGUUGGUUCUCUUGUCUAAUCAACUAUUUAAACUCGGGAUAGACUUUGACGGGGAGAGCUUGAUAGAAGGAGAGGAUGAAGUGGGACGAUGAGCGAGGGAGCAAAAGCUCGCUGAGGAAGGGCAGCAGCAUGAAGGCAGCAACAAUGGAGGAGUUGACCAGAGGGAAGAAACAAGCAUUUCGGCUGCUGUCGCUGCUCAAGGACUUGCUGUCGUCGCCGGAGAACCAGUUGGCGGCGGAGUUGCUGGUCGACGUCGUCGGGUGCUUCACCAGAGCUCUGUCUUAUCUGGAGCUGGAGAGGGAGGAGACUACCGAUCAGCCGCCGCGGCCUGUUCCAGAUGCAGACUUCCGGCCAUGCUCCGAUGAACGGAGAAGUGAUCUGGGAAGGAGAGAGAGGAAGCUCCAUACUCCUCGAAAAAUCAAUUGCCAGACAAGAGCAUAUCCUUAUUCAUGUAGAACAAUACUGUCCACCACAAUAGAAGAUGGUCACAUCUGGCGCAAAUAUGGCCAAAAGGACAUAUAUGGAACAAAACAUUCAAGGAGCUACUAUAGAUGCAUCCACAAGCAUGACCGAGGCUGUCGGGUCACGAGGCACGUGCAGAAAACUGAGGAGGACGACUCCGUCUUCGCCAUCACCUACAUAGGGGAGCACACUUGCAUCCACAAAUCUCGUGACGAGGAGGUGAUAAGCAAUCACUCCACUGGCAGUUCUUCCACGCUGCAUCGUCCACUCUUCACCGACUUGGCACCAUUAACGACUGAAGGCAGCAGCCCUGCGUCGCUAAUGGCUGAUUCUGUUUCACGCCAUGGUGGCUCCUUGGGCAUGGAGUUUGAUUCUGGGGUGUUCAAGCUCGACGAUUGGCUUGCACCCACCGAGGAUGAGUAAUUGGGGAAUAUAAAUAUUGAAGGAAUGAUACUUGGCUUCUUGAAUAGUGUGAUGUGUUUUAAAAUCCGACCAGGGGCUACAAAUGACGGCAACUACGUCACUAGCUCCUGGUUUGACUUCCAAAACAUUGGUAGUGUAAAUUCUGUGAACAAGUAAUGGAUUGGUUUUUAAAGAGAUCA